UAGGCUGCGGCGGGUGCGGCGCAUGCGCGUGGCUGUGACCUUCUGCCGGCGGUUGGGACCGCGGUUGCCGCCGUUGGAUGUGAGCGGGGAGAAAUGGCCGCGGCCGAGCUGCCGUCGCUGCAGGAGCUGAACGUGCAAGAGGUGAACGUGUCGUCGGCGGUGCUGAAGGCGGCCGCUCACCACUACGGCUCGCAGUGCGACAAGCCCAACAAGGAGUUCAUGCUGUGCCGCUGGGAGGAGAAAGACCCGCGGAAAUGUCUGCAGGAGGGGAGGAAGGUCAAUGAGUGCGCGCUGGAUUUCUUCAGGAAGAUAAAAACACACUGCAGCGAGCCCUUCACAGAGUACUGGACAUGCCUUGAUUAUAGCAAUCUGCAAGAGUUCCGCCGAUGCCGCAAGCAACAAGAUGCUUUUGAUAAUUGUGUGCUCGACAAACUGGGCUGGAUUCGACCAGAUCUAGGAGAACUCUCAAAGGUUACCAAGGUGCAGACAGACCGGCCAAUUCCCGAGAAUGUCUAUCACUCCAGGCCAAGGCCAGAGCCUAACCCAGUCAUUGAAGGAGAGUUGCAACCCGCCAAAUAUGGCAGCAGGCUCUUCUUCUGGAACUGGUGAAGGAUGAAGCAAUGCCACACACUCAGAGACUGAGGAAUUUAAAUAAUUUGUUUGUGAUUGCACCAAGCCAAGUGGGUGUUUAAAAAUACCUGGGGCCAGUUGUACAACAGUCAUCCUUAUCAUUGUAUACAAAUAAUGUUGAGAAAUAAAAAUAUAAUUUAACCAUG